UUUUUGCAUCAGCGGGUGGCAGUAAGACAGUGAUUCUCUCACUCAAUAGAUUCAUUUAUGGGGCCAAUGUGCUUUCUAUAUCGGAAGAGAAAAUGCCUGGUGCUGUGAAGUUAUGUUGGAGAAAAUACACAUUUUUAUAUGUAAAGCCUCGACUUUUGCAACUCUUUUAAGGAAGUUUUUCAUAAGCCAAAUUAAUGUACGGGAAACUGGAAAAGCAGCGCUAAAGAAAAUUGAGAAUUUGUAAGUUAAUAGUUCGAGGUUCAUCUGGUAAAAAAUUGUGUUCUGCCUUACUAUUGAUAAUAAUCUGCGUUAUUAUUGAUAAUAAGCUUAAAUUAUUUGGAUUGUCCGCAUUCAUGAAACGAUUUUGGGGAUAAUUUUUCUUUUUUCCUUUCAGUGAUGUCUACUUCAAAGUUCACAGAUUAUGACACUUUUUUCCUUCUGAAAAAUUAGUCCAUCUAUGGAGAGUCGUCUUAGUUUGGAGCAAAUGAAAAUGGGAAUCGAUGGAUCCUGACCACUUAAUUUAUCAUGAAAAUUUCCACUACUCUUUUCCAUAUCUUGAUUUUGUUGUUUUCAACAAAGUCUUUAAAUCUCUUUUGGUGCAUUUCCCUUAGUCAGCUUGAUUGGACUGAUUUCGAACAAGACAAGAUUUGGAAAUUUGUGUUUGUGUUCUGUCCCUGGGUGCCAUAAUCACGAUUCAUGAAUCCAGCAUGUGAAUAUGAGACUCAUUCAGUGGUUGAUAUAUCUUUAGUCCAAGUCGGAGCAACUUCUAAAGACUUGCAGCAGUACGAUCUCACUUAUAACGUGUCUUCUACUCUAUAACUUACCUGGUUUUCACCCUUUCUGCCGUUUCCAUGUAGGUUCUAUUCUGAGUAUUCUCUUCUUAUUUUUACAUUUUGUUUUCGGUUCAUUAUAAAAUCAUUUUUCUUUUCGCUUCUAUUUAUUGGAAAAGGUGAAUAUGAAGUUCUCCUUCCUCAUUUGAUACAAAUGAAUAAGAUGAAGAAAAUAAUUUGGUUAGAAGUUGUGGCAUAGAUUGAUUUUUGUUACUAGAUUUCUGCCAAAAUUUCUCACUGUUUCCUCUUGAGCUAUACUUACAAUAAUAAUCAAAAAGUAUCUAGAGAUUAAUUAGGCAUCUUCCACUUACCGUAGUCCUACUCAUGUCAUGAUGGUGAUGGGAGUGGAUGAAAUUGAACGAGGGUCAUCAUGUCCUCAAGUCAAGCAUCCAGGAAAUAGAGGCUGUAUUUUCAUAUUACUUUUAACAUUUAUUUAAAGGGAUUGCUGCUAGGGUAAACACACUACUCAUCUCGACAAGCAAAACUUGUGCCUUUACUUUGCAUGCACAAUAUUGCUGCUCUCACCAUUUCCAUUUUCAUGGGAAACCCACGAAUGCUAAUCCCAUUUGGACUAGUCGUGUUACUUCACCACUCAUUCUUCCUUCAACCAGCCACCACCACCUCCUCCUCCAACUUCACCGAUCAAUCUGCUCUCCUUGCCAUUCAAUCCAAACUCACAUUUGAUCCUACCGAAACUGUCUUGGGUGGUAAUUGGAGUACCAACACAAGCUUCUGUGAUUGGAUUGGGGUCUCAUGCAGUAAACGAAGGCAAAGAGUCACCGCCUUGGACUUGUCAUCUAUGGGUCUUGAAGGCACCAUUGCACCUCAUGUUGGCAACCUCUCCUUUCUGGUCAUAUUGGUUCUUCAAUACAACAGCUUCUCUGGGUUUGUGCCAAAUGAAAUCAGCCAUUUACACCGCUUGAAGGUACUUGUACUGGAAGGGAACCAGUUGGAAGGGCACAUCCCUGCAACCUUAUAUCAUUGCCAAAAGCUCGAAAUCAUUGCCCUUGCAGAAAACAAGCUUACCGGUCGUAUACCUGAAGAGUUGGGUUUCUUACCCAAACUUCAGAAAUUAUAUCUCGGUUUAAACAAUCUCACGGCUGGUGAAAUUCCAGCAUCUUUGGGGAACGUUUCAACAUUACAAGAAUUGAGUGUGGCAAAAAGUGGCCUCACAGGUUCACUCCCUUCCACUCUACUUAACCUAUCUUCUCUAGUUGUUAUUGUACUAUAUACAAAUAACAUUUCAGGAGUUCUUCCUGAGGAUCUUUGCCAUUACUGGCCUAAUAUUCAACACAUUGCUUUAUCUCGAAACAAGCUUGGCGGCCAGCUCUCUUCGAGAUUUAAUCAAUGCAGUAACAUUGAGGUGUUAUCUCUGUCAUACAAUAGGUUUGUCGGAACUAUUCCAAAAGACCUUGCAAGUUUACAGCAUCUUGAAUUGCUCUACCUCGGUGGUAAUGGCUUAACCGGUACUGUACCGCCGGUCCUAGGUAACUUGUCGAACUUGCAAAAGUUUGCUGUAGAACGUAAUAACAUCAAAGGAAGUAUUCCCAGAGAGUUGGGCCUUCUUUCUAAUUUACUUUACCUUUCAUUAGCUAUGAAUAGCCUAACAGGUGCAAUACCUCCAGAAAUUUUCAACAUCACCUCCUUACAAACUUUGUCAGUACGUAAUAAUUCCCUUUCUGGGGCAAUUCCUUCAUAUUCUGGAGUAGUUUUUCCUAACCUCGAAUUCCUAUACUUAGGAAGCAAUAAGAUUACUGGUCUUAUCCCAUCCUUUUUUUCAAACCUUACUAAGCUGAAUGACUUGGGACUCAGUACCAAUUUACUCUAUGGACCAAUUCCCAUGGAUCUUGGUAGCCUAAAACACCUCCAGUUCCUUGAUUUGGCAAGAAAUCAGUUGACUGGAGAACCUGGAGUUCCUGAACUUAAAUUCCUUUCCUCAUUAUUCAAUUCCACUUCGCUGCGAGAGUUGGUUCUGACUGAAAAUCCUCUAAAUGGCAUCAUACCCAAUUCCUUUGGAAAUUUUUCUUCCCUUCAGCACAUUUCAGCAAUUUCGUGCCAGAUAAAGGGUCACAUUCCCACAAAAAUUCAUUCCUUGAAAAGUUUAAUCUACCUUAAAUUUGUGGACAACAAUAUAAGUGGAAAAAUACCACCACAGAUUGGAGGACUGGAGAGGUUACAAAGGUUGUAUCUGAGCUUCAACAGAAUUGAAGGAUCCAUUCCAUAUGAGAUCUGUCAUCUGCAGAACCUAGGAGAACUAUCACUAGAGAAUAACAAAAUCUCUGGAUUGAUCCCAAAUUGCAUUGGAAACCUCAGCCGCACCCUUCAAAUAUUUCUCCUAAAUUCCAACCAAAUGACAUCCUUGAUACCAAUGAAUUUAUGGAACUCUGAAAAUCUCUUGGUGUUAAAUUUGUCAUCCAAUUCUUUCAGUGGAGACAUACCUACCACCUUGACAAAGUCGAUUUCCAUUGAAGUGAUUGAUUUAUCUCAUAACCAAAUUACUGGUAAUAUUUCAAGCAUCAUAGCAGCAUUCCAAAGCCUAGCUUACCUUGAUUUGUCAAAGAACUGGUUUAUAGGAUCCAUCCCACCGAGCUGUGGUGAUCUGAAAGGGUUAGAGUAUCUGGACCUAUCAUACAAUAACCUGUCUGGUGCAAUACCAAAGUCUCUUGAAACUCUCAAAUUUCUCGAGUAUUUGAAUCUCUCUUUCAAUGAUCUCUUUGGAGAGAUUCCUUCUGGUGGACCUUUUGUAAACUUUAGUUCCCGAUCAUUUUUGGAGAAUAAAGCACUUUGUGGGAGACCAAAGUAUGGAGUUCCACCUUGUAUGACUCAAAAAUCAAAGACGACACAUCCUGUGCUCACAUAUGUUCUUCCUAGUAUUGCAUCGACAGUGAUUCUGAUAGCCCUCAUUUAUAUGAUCACAUGGUAUAGAAAAAGAAAGAGAGGCAAGAGUACAACAGUUGAACAGCUAACAACAGUGGAGCAUAGUAGGAUAUCAUAUCAAGAACUCCGUCGCGCUACAAAUGACUUUUGUGAAAGCAACUUUCUUGGAGGGGGAAGUUUUGGCUCGGUGUACAAGGGGAUACUGUCUAAUGGGACUACUAUUGCUGUCAAAAUUCUUAAGCUGGAAAUGGAGGGUGCUGUAAAAAGUUUUGAUGCAGAAUGCAAGGUGUGGCGAACAAUCCGGCAUAGGAAUCUUGUAAAGGUCAUAACUACAUGUUCUAGCCCUGAGGUCAGAGCUUUGGUGCUGCAGUACAUGUCUAAUGGCAGUCUUGAGAAGUGGUUAUACUCUCACAACUACUGUCUCAGUAUUCUGCAAAGAGUGAGCAUGUUGAUCGAUAUUGCAUCUGCUUUGGAAUAUCUCCAUCAUGGUCAAGCAGAAGCAGUGGUGCACUGUGAUGUGAAGCCUGGGAAUAUCCUUCUUGAUGAAGACAUGUUUGCACAUGUUGCAGACUUCGGUCUUGCAAAAAUUUUAGCAAAAAACAAAGAGGAAACACAGACAAGAACCAUAGGCACUCUGGGCUACGUAGCACCAGAGUAUGGUUCUGCAGGAAAAGUGUCCAAAAAGGGUGAUGUCUAUAGCUUUGGGAUAAUGCUGCUGGAAAUAAUGGCGAGAAAGAAACCCACUGAUGAAAUGUUUGCCGGAGAAGUGACUUUGAGGCAAUGGAUAAAUGUAUCUGUCCCCGAUUAUGUUCUGGAAGUGGUGGAUGCUGGCUUAUUGAGCAUAGAAGAGGGAAGAGACAUAAAUGCCACAGAAAGUAUCCUAGUGUCCAUCCUGGAAAUAGGCUUGAGGUGUUCGGAAGAAGCAGCAGAGGAUAGAAUGGAUAUUAAGGACGUGGUGCCCAAGCUCAAGAAAAUAAAAUUGGCACUACAACAUUGAAUCAGAUCGAGGUGUACUUUAAUAUCCAUAGUUUAGCCUAGGUUUUUUCUGUUUGCACAACUUUGUUAUUUCUCAUUGUCUUUCCUAUACAUAAGUUGGUUGGUGUGUUCAAUGUCAGUAAUUAUUUCCGUAGUCUGAUUGCCUCAAUAACAAAAUUGAAAUCAUUCUCGAGGACCGGAUAAUCA